CCGACCACGGCCUCGAGCGCGUUGCACAUCAACCCCAUCACUCCCGCAUCGCGCGGUGAACUUCUCCCAUCUCCACCUUCACGAUGGCCACCACCAACGGUGCCCUGACACCACCUCCGCAGAUCCCGGCGACUGCGUCUCCCUCGCCAACAAAACGGAAACGGGACGGCAAUCAGCAAUCAAAACUUCCCAAUGGUGUGUCGACCACGACGAAAGAAUCGUCGGCAAGUGAUGCAAAUACAUCUAUUUCGGCCUCCAUAAAUGAUGUCUUCGCAGUCCUUACCAGUUACGACGCCCAGCCCUCGAUCCUCAAUCACUCGACAUCUUCUGCGAAAAGCCGAUCUCCCUCCGGAGAGUCCGAUUCUAAACGUGCGAAAACGAGCGGCCCAUCUAUUGCCAGUGGAAUCGAAAGUGGCGCCUACGAAUCCCUCGAAUCUCUACAGAAAGAUAUUGAGCUUGCUUGCCGGGAUAUCUUAGCACCCUUUGAAAAGAAUGAGCGGACGAUUCCACACCUUACUGCCGAGGAUAUCAAAUUGCAGUCAUAUGUACUUGCUUUUGAGAAGGUUGCAACAGAAUUGAUUUCGCGAGAGCGUGCGCGCGCUGCCCUGAUAACAGAGAAACGUAGUGCAGCUACCCCUGAAGAUGAGGACGGCGAACAUGAAAUCGACGAUUCUGUACCAGUCAAGCAGGAAGGGCAGCCAGAAGAAGAUGAAUCCACCGCAGGUCGCACUGUUUUGACCUUGUAUGGAAGUGCACAGGGCCCGAAGCAGCUUUUCUCAAGCUUACAACAGCCCACGUCUGUGCCAAACAUACGCAGUACUGACAAAGUGAAUCCUAGCGAGGCGCCAAAGAUUCUGCUGCCCUUGCGCGAGGCGAAUCUUCCCAACAUUAUCUCUACAACCGAAAUUCUACCCUCAGAAGCAGAUAUCGCUGUGGAGUCGAAGAAGACAAGAACUAUCGGGGAGGUGUCUAAAACACCUGCUCAUCUGCCACAGCUAAGCCCACCAAAGCACGCAAAGCCUAUGACCACUCGUGGCAACACGAUCACAUUCGCACCAGUGGACGUACUUCCGAAACCAUCUCGCGCAACUUCCCAGUCUUACGCAAAUCAGAAGCUUGUAACAGGCCACUGGCUAGGCUAUGGUGGAGUUGAUACACCAAAGGAUCCUACUUCGCCUACCGCAAAGCAAAAAAGUAGGCAACGAGCACUGAGCACAGGCGAAGCCCAGCUACCACCUUCUGAAGCAACGAUUGCUGCGGCGCAGCAGGCAAAAGAGGACGCCCUUUUCCGUAGCGUAUACUCUACCUUUGCCCCAAGCAGAGAUGACGCAACCACUAUUGUUCCUGAGGAGACCAAGAACAUGAUCUGGUGGCAGAAAGUCGGCGAGAAGCGUUUCAAUGAAACUUUCCCCGUGGAUCCUGCACUGCUUGAAUUGGACGCUAAAGGAGAGUCCCGCCCGGAAGAUGCUGCAAAGGAGAAUGACGAGUUCAAAGACGCAGUGGAAAAUUUUGUUCCCGUAGAAGAGGACCCAUUUCCAACUUCAGACAAGCCCAAGUUGGAAAAGAACACCGAGGAGGUGCUACAGGAGAUAUCGGAGCUUAUUGAGACACUGGCCUCUCACCAGCGCAACCGCAAUGCAUCUUUGGCCACCAAUCCCCGCACGCCAGUCAUGCAUAAUUCCUCCCUUGCAACAUUGGCAGGAAGUCCGUCGACACCCUCCUCCGAGGAAAUUGAUGUUUAUCAGAUGCUCAAAUCCCAAUUAAGCUUGAUGAUAUCUCAACUUCCUCCUUACGCAGUCGCUAAGCUGAACGGCGAUCAGUUAGAAGAAUUGAAUAUUAGCAAGACCAUUCUCAUCGAAACAGACGACGCUACCGGUGUCUUGGAAGAGGACCAGCUCUCAAGACUUGCGAAGGGCGUUGCAAAUCCAGCCGCUACGCCUUCCCUCACACGGAUGGCUUCCACUGGAUCAACACAAUACCCGGCUUCAAGUUCGCAAUAUAGUCGAGCUACGCCAAGUCAUACUGCCGCUCGACCUGCUCAGACAGCUCAGACAUACUAUCCUCAAGCACAGUCAGUACACAGGUCACCAUCAGUGCAUUACCAGCGUCAGGUAUCGGGUCCACCGCAACAUUACCAACCGGGAGCUUCCUACGGCAGCAGCACUCCGCGACAGGGCUACGCAGCAACCCCUGGCUACACACAGCCGACCCCUCGAGCAUCAUACAACCAACCUGCACCUUCGUCUUACUAUAAUCAGCGCCCAGGACAGCCCGGGAGCUUCUCAACUGCUCCCAGCUCCCAAUUUUAUCAGAACACACCGUCGACUCAGCAGCACAAUCGAUAUACACAACAGCAACCGCCACAAACACCACAGAACGGCUAUUUCCCACGGCCGCAAAACAUGCCCUCGUUCAACUAUGGCGCUGCACCCAACCCCCUUGCACGUACUGAGUCGCCGCUGAAGGGAACCCCGUCUAUUCCUCAGUCUGGGUAUGGUAAUCGUGCAACGUUCAUGGCUAACGGCCAGGUUCGAGGUGGCUAUUACCAACAAGGGCAGAAUCCGCAGUAUGGCGGGGCGCAAGCAUCCACUCCGUCGACUGCAGCUGCACCCUCUGGAUACAGCCAACAGAUGAUGCUCGACAGACAACAGCAGGCGCAGACAGCAGCCCAAUCCCAGGCCCGAAUGGCGGCACAAAAUUCGUUCAGACAGGGCUCCGGCACCCCGCAGCCACCGAGCACACAGUACGGCAGCCAACCACCAGUCAAUGGAACUCCUGUUGUAUCAUAGAAUUAUCUCUACUUCUCUUAAGGUAGCGUUUGAACUACGGGUUUUUAUUUAAUUUAUUCUGCACGACCAUGUCA